UUGGACCAGCUCACCUAUGAUUGGAAAAAUGAUCUAAUCUCCUACAGCCAUCUUUUGACUUUUUAAUGAGCCUGUUGAGUUUCAUUCUAUCUGCUUUGUGUUUAUAAUAUUCAAAUGGUUCUACUCUGUGCUGGUUUUGUAGUGGUGCUGAUCUCCUCUUAGCAGUGUUUGGAGUGAGGAGAUGGCUCGGUGCAGUGCGAACACCAGUAACACCAGUUUGGAGAGUGUCCUGCCUGGGGAUGAGCCUCGGGAUGAACGCCUGGCUCGCCUGGAAAUAGCCCUGCUGUCCAUCAUCUUCAUAGCUUCAGGACUCCUUAACUUAGGGCUGUUGUUGGCGCUGUGGAAGCGGAGGAAGCAGCUCUCCAGGAUGCGCGUCUUUGUCUUCCACCUGUGCGUCGCCGACCUGGUGGUCACAUUCUUUCAGGUGUGCCCGCAGCUCAUGUGGGACAUCACGGACAGAUUCGUCGGUCCUGACAUCCUGUGUCGUCUGGUGAAGUACCUGCAGGUGGUCGGGAUGUUUGCCUCCACUUAUAUGAUCGUUGUGAUGACCAUUGACCGAUACCAAGCUAUCUGCAACCCCAUGGUGACUUUCCAGAGGCGCAGAGCGCGCUGGAACGGCCCGGUGUGCGCCGCCUGGUGCGUCUCCUUCAUCGGAAGCCUCCCGCAGGUCUUCAUCUUCUCCCGGGUGGAGGUCGCUCCUGGCGUGUAUGAUUGCUGGGCUCAGUUCGUCAUGCCCUGGGGUCUGAGAACCUACGUGACCUGGACGACGCUGGUGAUAUUCGUCCUACCGAUUCUCAUCGUGAUCGUGUGUCAGGUGCGCAUCUGCCGCACCGUGCACACCAACAUCCACCUGAAGGCGCACCAGGGGGAGGCGGUGACGAAGCCUCUGUCCUCCAGGGCCAGCUGCGUGGCAGGGCUAUCGAAGGCGAGGGUGAAGACGGUGAAGAUGACUGUGGUCAUCGUGCUGGCAUACAUCGUCUGCUGGGCGCCUUUCUUCACAGUGCAGCUCUGGUCUGUCUGGGACACAGAGGCGCCCACCCAGUCGGCCACCUUCACCAUCCUGAUGCUGCUUGCCAGCCUAAACAGCUGCGUGAACCCCUGCAUCUACUUGGCUUUCAGCGGGAAGUUGCCCGGAAGACUUGUGGGCCUCAUGUGUGUGGAUGAACCUGAUAUGAAGGAGUCUAUGCAGGAGGAGGCUACCAUGGUCAGCUCGUUGCACAUUAGCCUCAAAGGACUGUCAGACUGCAGAUAGAAAUCAAAAUGACUUUUCUUUUUUUCUUUUCACCUCAUGACUACCUGUUGAGGAGCAGGAUCAGGUGAUAUUUCCUAAUAAGUGUGACCAUAUUUCUGCAGGAGGCUCUCUGCAGUAGAGAUGAUUAAUGUGCAACAUGAGUUGGGAAAUGAACAACUAAAGGUUGGAAAAAGGGCAGAGAAAUACCCAAAGAAACAUCUUAUUCUAAAAUUGCCAAACUGAGAAAGUUGGUGUGCCCCAACAUUUGAAAGAAAAUGUUAAAAAUUCUGGACAGAGACGUGACCACUGCUUUGAUACUAAUUAAAAUGUGAAGAGAAAGAAAAUAAUCAUUAUUGACUUUGGAGAUCAAGUUAAAUUACUUUAUUAUCAAAGUCUACCUUUUCUCUGGUUCAUGGAAGUUCUUGUCAGUUAGCUUAAAUAGUUUUACAUUUUGGCUUAUUUAGAUGAAUACACUUGCAAUAGCUAACCCAUUAUUUCUAUUAGUUAAUUUAAUUCAUAUAAUUGUAAAUAAAAAAAGAAAUAUUAAUCUGUUAUUAUCCCAUAAUAGGGAAUUUCACUCUCAGCAUUUAACUAAUCCCCUUGGGGAGCAGUGGGCUGCCACUUUUUGCGCCCGGGGAGCAGUGCAAGGUUAAGGGUCUUGCUCAGGGACCCAGACUCCUGCAACAAUCUACAGAUGUUUCCAGUUGAACAUGAGUAUUGCUCAGAUAGAAUUGUAUAUAAUCUCUGAUCUUAAUACUAUGAGAAAACAUGAAACUGAUAAGAGCUGUUUGUUAGUCAGGGUAUCUGCUCAGGUAGCCUGGAGAGAUGCAGCUCAUUGCUUGCUAAUGUAGUUUCACAGUCUCAUCUAAAAAAAAAAAAAAAAAAAGUGGUUGCUAUUAUAGCACCAUUUUGGUUUCUGUUAUAGAAACCAAACAUUUUCUUUCCUCUUUACUGGUAAAAAGUGUCCAAAUCUUUGCUUGGCCAGCUGGUUGGCUAUGAACUGUUUUUGGUAGGGAAAUAGUGUUUUAGGAGACAGAUUCAUGCAAAAAAAAGUGCUGAUGACUGAAGCAAAUUAAUGAUAUAGAGGCUUUUAUUUCAUCAAGCAGAAGAGUGAUUUGCUAACAUUUUGUAACCUAUUUGGUACCUGCCAUUGCAAUGCAAGGAGCAUAGAAUGCCGUUGCAUUCAACAUUAUUACCCAAACUCAAACCCAAACCACUUUGUUUAUAUUAGACUCUAGAUGCCUUUUCAAAACACAACCCUUGCAAAUUUCAAAAUAAAAGCCUCCCAUUUAUACUGUAAUAAAGCAUCUAUUGGCCUAAUAACAGAGAAAAAAGACGGAUUUAACAAUUGGAAAUUGAUUCAAUAGUCUCUAGGGUCUUUUAAAAACACCACCCAUUGCACAUUACAAAAUAGAGGUCUCUUAUUUAAACUUUAAUAUAGUAUCUUUUGACCUAACAACAGUGAAAAAGACUGAUUUAACAAUUGGAAAUUCAUUAAGUAUCACUGCUGGGUCUGACCCUUUGUUUAACAAACAACUGUACUAGACUUUCAUAGUAAGACUCCACUCUGGACUCUUGACCCUCUUGAAUCUUGACAUGUAUUGUUUGUUUUUUUUUGCUAAGUAGAUUAUUCAGGUAAUACACUUUUAGACCAAGAAAUUGAAGAAAACAAAUGUACUUUAAUAACUUUUUCUGUGCAUGGGCAUAGACAUAUAUAUAUUUUUAAGCCCAUAAAAUAACAUUUUAAAAUCUUUCAAAUACACAGAUACUUUCAUGAAUGUGUUGCUCAAAAUUUUUAAGAACCAGUCUGUUUCUUAAAAUACGUGACCUAGUUGUGCUAUACUUUUUAGUAUCUGGUAAGUAUGUUAAAAUAUCCCAUCCAAGCCUGAGAGAAACUGGUACGCAAACUUUUUUCUAUGUAGUGGUUUUCUUAUAACACGCCUAUAACACCUUCCAUAGUUUUCGAAGCCAAGCACACAGAAAAUAGAAUAAUUUAGGAAAAAAAAGUGUUGGCAAAAAUGGGACUAAGUGACUGUGGAUGUUGCUGAAAAAAAUCAUAUAACAUCAUAUCAUUCAAAAAAUGUGGUUUACAUCAUUUGAAUACAUUUUUCUCUGCAGAAGCUCUGAUAAAUAAUCAAGUGUUGUAAAAUACUUGUGUUUAUUAUGUUGUUCUUGUGUUAAAGGUUUUUAUUGUAACUCUCAUUCCUCCUUUAUAAUGUUACACGUGUAUGUACCUAUAUAUAUAUAUAUGUAUAUAUGAUAUAAAUGUUAAGAUCAUAAUUUCAGGUAUGUGAUGUGCUAUAAAGCGCCGAUUUAUUCAACAUUUCAGCUUGUUACAUUUUCUGCCUCAGUCUCCAUAAUGUGAUGAUAUUUAAGGUGUUGCCAAAUGAUUCAGCUCUAAAUGUUUUGUUUUUUGUGUAGAAACAGUAUCAUCUUUAAAAAUAAAAAUCGAAUUUUUGGUCUAGUGGGAGUAUUUUUCUCUAAGCAGAAAAUGGCCAAAAAAUAAUACAUUUAUUCUCAUCUGCAGAUAAUGAUAUUUACCUAUUUUCCCUAUAUUUUGUGAAUAUGCUUUGUCUAAUUGUGUAACUACUGAUGUUCUGAGCUACUGUUGUCAUGUCCAUGAGCUUUCUGCAAACUUAUUUUGUACCACAUGAGCGUUUUUAUUUCU